GGUGAUGGUGGUGGUGGUGGUGAUGGUAGUAGGGUAUUAGUAACUAGUAUUAGAACAGCAGUAGUAAGAGUAAUCAGUAAUAGUAUUUAUUAAUAGCACGAGUACGAUAUAGAUAUUUCUAAUUGGAUUUCGAUUCGUGAAAAUCGAAGGAAGGAAGGAAGUGAGCGAAAAGUGAUAAAAGGAAGAAAAUGUGAAGGAAGAAGGAAAAGUAGAAGAUAAAGAAAGAAGAGAAAGAAAAGAAAGAAAAAAAAAAAAGAAGAAUUUACCGAUUUAUCGAGGAGGGACGAACAAAAUGGGAUAAUCUAUUUUAGAUCAUUUGUCGUUCGUGACGACGACGAUUAUUGCGCGAUUAUUUAUCUUUUCUUUUAUUUUCCUUUUCUUUUUUCGUUCUUUCUCUUCUUUUUUUUUUUUUGUUUUGUUUUGUUUUUUUUCCUCUCUUGUCCUUUUUCUUUCUUGCGCCCGCUCGACCACCCCCCCCCCUCCCCCUUCUUUUCAAAUUCGUUAUUAACGCGGUUUAAUGUGGGAUAAAAUUCGUUUUAAUGUUCUAUGUUGUCGGCAGACGAUUGGAUUGUCGUCAAAGUCAUCGUCGUCGUCAUCUUCGUCAUCUUUGUCAUCGUCGUCGUCGUCGUCGUCGUCGUCGUCUUCGUCAUCGUCGUUGUUGUUCUAUUAAAUCAUCGCGUCUGACAUUCCGUCGGGCAUGAGACAAGAACGUCCUGGUGAUCGUGAGUAAGUGAGUGAACGAGUGAGUGAGUGAGCGAGCGAGUGAGUGAGUGAGUGACUGAGUGACUGAGUGAGUGACUAAGUAAAUAAGUAAGUAAGUAAGUAAGUAAGUAAAUAAGUAAAUUGAGUGACUGUAUAUAAGUCGUCUAAGUCCUCCUUCGUCAUCGUCCUCUCGUCGCAAUGUGUUCACAGUGAAAAUAGUACGGAAAAAGUUAGAACGAAAGGAAGAGUUAAAGUGUCCGUCGAUCGAUUAUGUCAGUGGGUCGUGAAAAAGAACUGUUUCAUUGUGUGAAAGAAAAAGAAUAGUCGUCUUUGAGUCGUCUGGAUUACGUCUGGUGCUCCCAUUUCUGUUAGUAUCCUCUAACAUCCUCUUACUUUUCUCAACGGUAAACCCUAUCUUUUUUUUCUCGACGUCAUACAUCGUCGUCCAAACGGGGAAGAAGAAGAAGAAGAAGAAGAAGAAGGAGACAAAAAAAAAAAAAUAAUAAUAAUAAUAAUAAUAAUAAUCAUAAAAUACAAUAAGAAUCAAUGGGAUAAAGAGUAACGAGCGAAUCGACGCUAAGAAGCAUGAUCUACACGUGUACCAGAAAACCGUGACCGUGGCGCGUGGGUGAUAACAGAUAAACCAACUUUUAUAUCCGAUGAUAUACGCACACAUUUGAUUUCGGCUCGUCCCUGUCCGGUGAUUAACGUACUGACAGUGGUUAUCUCGGUGUUAAAAAAAAAAGAAAAAAAAAAAAAAGAAAGAAAGAAAAAAAAUCACAGAGAGAGAAAGAAGUGGGGAGGGGGGGGGAAGUCUAGCGAGCUUUCGAUUUCAAGGUGACAAAAGAAAGAAAAAGAACAAAAGAAAAAGAGGGGAAAAAGAAGGAGAGAGAAAAAAUCCCAGAGAGAAAAUAAUCGUCCAUCAUUUCGCUCGACGAUCGCUCCAACAAUAAGAGAGUAAUAUUUUUCUUGAUCAAAUAAAAAUACUAAAGGAUUGAAAGAAUAAUAAUAAUAAAAAGAAGAAAAGGAAGAAAAAGAGAAGGAGGAGGAGGAGGAGGAGGAGGAGGAGGAGGAGGUGAAGAUAGGGCAAAAUUCGAUGAUAACGAUUGUCCAUUGGAAAUGAUUUAAAAUUAAUCCCGAGUGAUAAAAGUUUAUACGGUAGAAGGACAAUGACAAGGCGUACGUGAUCGACGAAAAAAAAAAACAAAAAAAAAAAAAAAAGAAAGAAAGAAAGAAAGGAAUAAUCAUUCGUUCGAUUUAAUUAAUCGUUUGAUUUAAUUAAUCGUUUAAUUAAUACCGAUUAUUAUGAUCGUCAAGAAUCGUCGUAGAAGAUUGAAAAACUUUGCCGUUUUGUUCGCGUUUAGAAGUCCAAUGGACGGAUCCAAAUUAGCGUCCUAACCGAUCAGCUGUUAUCCGGAGGAGGAGGAGGAGGAGAAGGAGGAGGAGGAGGAGGAGGAAUAGGAGCAGAAGGAGCAGAGUGAUAGUAGUAGUAGUAGUAGUAGUAGUAGUAGUAGUAGGAAAAGGAGGAGGAAGAGUAGAAGGAGUAGGAGGAGGAGGAGGAAGUGGUGGUGAAGAAGGAGGAGAAGGAGGAAGAGAGGAAGUCGUGAUAUCUGGGAAGAGACUUAGGAUGGGCUGCAGAUCGGCCGUUAAGUUCACCGCGGAGGAAGGGUGCGAUCGAGGGCAACUCGAGACGACCACCUCGUCGUCGGUGAGGUGCACCGAGGUCAACGACCUCUUCACCGAGGCUAAGCGCCUAUUGCUGCUGCUAAGGCAGUUUGGCGAGAAGCGUGCCGGUGAAGAAGAAGAAGAAGAAGAAGAAGAAGAAGACGAAGAAGACGAAGACGAAGAAGAGGAAAAAGUAAGAACUAGGAAAAGACCGAUCGAAGAUAAAGAUAAAGAUAAAGAAAAAGAAGAUACGAGUCGGUGGUCGGUGGAAUAUAAAAAUUCUAUUAAACCUAACGUCCUUUACGAUAAUCGAAUAAUUAAUUGCCAGAAGGAAUUAUCCUCUGGAGGAAGAUAGCUGUAAAAUUAUAAUGCAGAGAUUCCGUUCGACCUUCAAAAGGUCGCGCACACCUACGGGCGCGGAAAUGAAGUCGCAGUCGAGUUUGGAAGUACCGAAACAAGUUAGAUCGGCCUCCUUCGAUGAGAUCCAAUUGGAAGCACAACGACAGGACGAUGGUAGUGGUGUUGGUGUUGGUUGUACCGUUGGUUCAACCGGUGUUACAACCGGUAUCACCGUUGUUGGUUCUUCUUCUUAUGGCGAGGCAUCGAGAUCACCAAGGACCACGUCCUCAUCAUCCUCCUCUUGUUCACCUGCAAGAUCACAGGAAUCAAUUGGACGUGGCGGUGGUAGAAGAUCGUCGACAUUAAGGGUACCACAAUUUCAAACGGGACAACGUUCGAAGAGUUUCGACGUUUACGAAAGAAACGUCGGUUUACCACCGUCGCAAUCCUCGUUAGGUGCUAUACGAAGAUUCAUCGAGACCCCGACUAUACAAGUUUCCGGUUGUUAUCAUUGUGCAUGCGUCGAGGAAUACAAAAGUCUUUUUCUUAGUAGAGACGACGAUGAAACUACUACGACCAAUACGACUGCUUCAUCGUCGAGGGACGAUGAGGACGUCGACGUAGACGAUGACGAGAAUAACGGGGACGACGGCGGGGACAAUGUCGACGUAUCCGUGACCGAGGAGGAUCGCGAUGUCGAUGAAUUCAUCGAUGAUGCCGCGGAUGAGGAUGAGGAUGAGGAAUAUCGAUCGGAGGACGAACAAUUUGAUUACAAGGUUGAAUCUAAGAGAGACGGUAGCCCAGAAAUAAGGGUAACCUUUACCGCUUUCAAUGAAAAUAUUACAGAAUCGCGGCCAUAUUCGCCGUCGCCUUCGUCCAAUGUAAUAAUCGCCAAUGUCCCUGACAAUGAGAAAGCCAAUGAAGGUGGAGGAGAAGGAGGAGGAGGAGGAGGAGGAGGAGAGAAGACGACGGUGGUCAUCGAUACCUCCAAUCUAACCGGUACAACUACUACUACCGAAGUCACCUCCGAGGUCAAGGACGAAUUAUAUCCCGAGAGACAACGAAGAAGGUCGAUAUCAUAUCCGAAAUUGUCGAGACAAGAGGCACUUACCUCUUACCCUUCCUACUUAUCAUCCUCCUCACCUUCGGGUUCGCGAGAGGACGAAGAGAAGGAUGAUUACCAAGGUGCAGCUGGUGGUGCUGGUGCUGGUGCAGCUGGUGGUGCUGGUUCUGGUGGUACUGGUGCUGGUGGUAUAACUGAUAAUAUAAAUCUCAACGAGGAACCCGAUAAUAAUAAUGACGUUCUAAUCGACUCGCGUUCCGGUAAAUCUAAAUUAGUCGUUAGAAAUAUAUUUCUAACUGUACCGGAACUUAAAAGGGAUAGGGCCGCCUCCGUUGAUUCCUGUUUUAACAAUAAUAAGAACGACAAGUCCGAGAAUUAUUCACAUUCCCUUGACGUUCCGCAACAAAGUAUAAGAUCUAAAAGUGUCGACAUCGUACUACCAACCGAGGUUCAAACAAGAUACACAGCUUUACUACCUGGAACCAACGAGGCCCGACCUCCAAGAGGAGGAAGGGAAGAAGGUGCCGCUAGUGGUGGUCAACGUGAGCUCCGAUCAACCCCCGAUUGGGGUGGUACUGCAUUCAAUGGUGAACAUUUUUGGGUACCAACAGCUGCGUCCGGUGACUUUUGUUACGUCAAUGAUUGUUCGAAACAUGGACCACGGAUGAAAUGUUCCGCUUGUCGCGUCGUCGUACAUGCACUGUGUGUACCGAGUUUAAAUUUUACCUGCAAGACCAGUUUCCGGGACGUCGGCGUACGCCAAUAUCGUGAACAAACAACGACGAAUCAUCAUUGGGUACAUAGACGUUCGCAAAAAGGAAAAUGUUCUAAUUGCGGUAAAAGCUUCCAAUCGAAAUUAAGCUUUACAUCGAAGGAAAUAGUGGCGGUUAAUUGUAGCUGGUGUAAAGCGGCAUAUCAUAACAAGGAGGCUUGCUUCAAUGUCGAUAAAAUCGGUGAAAAUUGUGAACUCGGUGUACAUUCUUCUAUUAUCGUACCACCAUCUUGGAUCGUUAAAUUACCGAGAAAGGGUAGCUUCAAGAGUAGCUUAAGAAAAUCACCGAAAAGAAGGAAAAGCGGUAGCGGACCGUCUACUUCUAAUACAAGCCGUAGAAAAUCAAGAGAUAAGGAAAAGGAAAAGGAACAGCAGAAAGAGGAUCAAGGAAAAUUUUGGGCCGUCAAGCCAAUUCCAACUGCUACCGUAAGGCCGGUAUUAGUUUUCAUCAAUCCAAAGUCCGGGGGCAAUCAGGGAGCUAAAUUGUUGCAAAAAUUUCAAUGGCUCUUGAAUCCUCGACAGGUCUUCGAUCUAACACAAGGUGGACCUAAAAUGGGAUUGGAACUCUUCAAGAGGGUACCGAAUUUGCGGGUGUUAGCUUGUGGCGGGGACGGUACAGUCGGUUGGGUCCUAUCUAUCUUGGAUCAGAUCGGUGCUUCAUCACCACCGGCUGUCGGUGUACUUCCUCUUGGUACCGGAAACGAUUUAGCCAGAGCACUUGGCUGGGGCGGUGGUUAUACCGACGAACCAAUCGGCAAAAUAUUAUCAAGUAUCGGCGAGAGCGAAACGAUAUUAUUGGACAGAUGGCAAUUAGUCGUAGAGAGAAAUCCUGAAAUUCAAAAUGACGACGACAGCGGAAAGGCAAAGGAAAAUCUUCCAUUGAACGUAGUCAACAAUUAUUUCUCGCUUGGCGUAGACGCUCACAUAGCCCUUGAAUUUCACGAGGCCCGAGAGGCACAUCCAGAGAAAUUCAAUUCGAGAUUGAGAAAUAAAAUGUUUUAUGGUCAAAUGGGCGGAAAAGAUUUGGUACGAAGAAAAUGGAAAGAUCUUUCGGAAUUUGUUACAUUGGAAUGCGACGGACAAGAUUUAACUCCAAAAUUAAAGGAACACCGUGUACAUGCUAUAGUAUUUUUAAAUAUUGCCUCGUACGGUGGUGGUACACAUCCAUGGUGCGCUGGUAGUACCACGAAGGAACCAUCUACUGAGGAUGGUUUGAUCGAGGUUGUAGGUUUGACGACUUAUCAAUUACCUUUAUUACAAGCCGGUGGUCAUGGUACUUGUAUAGCACAGUGUAGCAAAGCCAAAUUGGUUACAACUAGGACCAUUCCUAUGCAGGUCGACGGUGAAGCCUGUCGGUUAUUACCGUCGAUAAUAAAUCUUAGCCUACUUAACAAAGCAACGAUGCUUGCCAAAAGAAGGAACACCGGUCAACCACAACAGGACAUUGCCAAAUUGGAAAGAUUAAAUUUACCGGUUAUGAGGAUAAAGAUGUCAGAUUAUGAGACGUAUUAUCAUGACAAGGAGAGAUUAAAAAAAGUUGCCGAAUCAUUGAUGCCAGAUUCAUUGGAUUUAGAUGCUACGACAGAUUUGGUAUCCUUAAGGAAUAUCCUAGCGAAAAAUCAUAAUAUGGAUGCUUGUUGUUUCCUCGAUUCUUGUACAGCCGAAAGAUUCUUCAGGAUCGAUCGUGCCCAGGAACAAUUGCAUUAUGUUACCGACGUUGCCGCCGAUGUCGUUUAUAUUCUCGAGGAGAGUAGCCCAAGUCAGGUUGUACCAACGAUAGAGACCGAAAUUACAGCGAGUCAGGAACCGGAAACGGCUCAUCCUUCGCCUAGCGAAGAACGACAUCCAAGAGAAAAGCCAGCCAUGACAAAAGCAGGCCCUACUACUACUUGCCCUGACAACGACGAUGGACGAUCCUCAAAGGUCGUCAAAGAGGAUGAAUCCAAUGAAGAUAAACUCGCACAAACGAAGAUUCAAGAGGAACAAGUUAUGUCUCCGAAGGGAACCGAGAUCGUCGUAAAAUCUAAAAGAUCUAGAAACGUGACGUUACAACCUAACGUUUCGAAUUUGCCAAAAGAAGAGGUGGAGGAGAUGAAGGAGGAGGAGGAGCAGCAGGAGAAGGAGAAGGAGAAGGAGGAGGAGAAGGAGAAGAAGAGGAAUCAGAAGCAGGAGGACGAAGAGGUCCAGGUCAAGGUCAAACUCGAGACCAAAGAGGUGGAAGAUCCAGGAGAAUCGCAGAAUACGAUUAACGUAGGAACGCGUAAAAAGACGAUGGAAGAAGUUAAGGAUGACGAUGGGACGAAAGAAACACCAUCUAAACAAAGUGGUAGCUCGUCGAAGGCAAUAAAUGCAUCUAACGCGGAUAGAUCAGCCGAUCAAACAUCCAUCACAUUUAUCAGUCCACGAGACAGGCUAUUCGGGCUGAGCUCCGAGGUUCAUACCUUUAAUACCGGUCUACUCGAAAAGACGUCAGAUGGAAUAUUGAAGGCCGCUAAGAUCGGUGAUUUAACGGCCCUCAAGGAACUCCAUGAAAAGGGAUAUUCCCUUUUGUCUAUCGACACUACUGGACAGACAGCUUUGCAUUUGGCAUCUAGAUAUGGUCAUAAGAAUAUCAUUAGAUAUCUCAUUGCCUGUGCCCCGCCGACGAUCCUCGAUAUUGUUGAUAACGAUAAAGGUCAAACGGCAUUACACAAAGCCGCGCAACACAAAAAACGUACGAUCUGUUGCAUGCUCGUUGCCGGUGGUGCAAACCUAACAGUGAAAGAUCGUCACGGUCAUACACCUAGGCAAUUAGCUUUGAUGGCAGAAGAUCGUGAACUUGCGGCAUAUUUGCAAAUUGUAGCCUCUGGCGGUACUACAAUUCGAUGAGAGCCAAUGGAGGGAGAGGGAAAGAAAAAAGGAAAAAAAAAAGAAAAAGAAAAUGAAAGAAAAGCCCAAGAAUAAUUAACGUUAUAAAAAGUAUCCUCGAUGAAAAGAGUAAUCGAUUGUUACAAAUAGUUUAAUCAAAGGGACGAUUGGAAUCAAUUUGAUUGUAAUUAAAAUUCUCUUGAUAAACGACGAACGGACGAAGAUUGAAGAAACAAAAAAAAAAGAAAAAAAGAAAGAAAAAAAAAUUCAGGGGGUUGGUUGAGAGCGAGAGAAAAAGAAAAAGAAACAGAAAAAGAAGAAGAAGAAGAAGAAGAAGAAGAAAAAGUAGAAGAAGA